UUGUCAUUGUCAGUGUCAAAACUCUUCGCGAUGUUUUGCGUUUAUUUAUUUUGAAUCUGCCUCUAUUGUUGUAACAAAAACAAAGCGAAAAAGAAGCUUUAAAACCACCCACAUAACACAAAAAAGCAAUGGAAAAACAAAAACGCGAACGAAACGCCAACUUUUCAGAGGAAGAAACCGAUCUAUUGGUUACUUUAAUAGCGGCUAAAAAACAAAUAAUAGAAUGUAAAAAAAGCGAUUCUAGCACCUGGAGAGCUAAGGAACAAGCUUGGAAGGAGAUAGAAAAGAAUUUUAAUAGGUCUACAGACUGGGUUUAUAGAGAUCACAAGCAUUUGAAGCAUAAAUAUGAAGCGUUAAAACGAGACGCGCGACGCAAGAGUAUGAUGUAUGUGGCCACAGAAUAUAAAAACGGAGACGUAGGUAGUAAGCCGUCUAGGCCUGUGCUCACACCCGCUGAAAAAAAAAUUAAAGAUUUUAUUCUGCAACCCGAAGGCGAGGUUGUCGAGUCGGACAUUAUUUCGCCAGAAAUUGAAUUACAAGAAGCACCAAGUGAAACGAUGACAGAAGAUAAAAUAGAACUAGAAGAGUUGCAAAGGAGAAUAUUGACGGAGGAAUUAGAACAAAAAUUUAUACAACGAAAGAUUCUAGAGAAAGAACUGCAACACAAAGAGAUAAUACACGAAUUGGAAAAACAACAUCUAUUGUUGAAAAUAGAAUUACUAAAGAAAGCGCUGAAAGACAGCUGAGCUCGGGAAAAUAAUAAUAAUGAACUAUAUACUCCACGGUUUCACUCGCUGCUCGGCUCCAAUUGAUCUCAGCGUGAUGUUAUAUAACCUACAGCCUUCCUCGAUAAAUGGACUAUCCGACACUAAAAGAAUUAUUCAAUUUC